UAUGCCAUAAAUGGUAACGUUUGUUCUUUGCACAGGACACCGGUUGUUACUUCCUGAUAUUAUGUGUAUAAAUAUUACCCCUCUACACUCAAUAGAUAUGAGAAUAUAACUGUAUUGCACAGGCUCUGGCUCUUCACAAAAUCUGCUAAAGGCAACUGUUUGAAAACCAAGGUUCAUCAUGGCAAUGCUGAAAAGUUGUCUGCUUCUUUUCAUUAUCUUCUCCAUGGGGAAUACAGAAGUGACUAUUACAAGAGAUGUUAAUGGACUGGAUGGACUGGAUGUUGAUUUAGCCAGAAGAUGCCCCGAUACAUGGAUAAAAUCAGGACUCCGAUGCUACAAGUUCUUUUCUCAUCCAGCUAAAUGGAUCACAGCAGAGAGAAACUGUCAAAGACUUGGAGCGAACCUCGCAUCUGUCCGUAAAAAACAGGAAAAUGAUUUCCUGCUGAGUCUGUUGCCUUCUUCCACUCCUACUUGGGUUGGUGCUCAUGAUGCUAUAGUAAGUUCAAAUGUGUGUCCUACACUCAAUGGACAUUGGAUGUGGAGUGAUGGAACUGUGUUUUCGUAUUCCCACUGGUGCGCUGGAGAACCUAACUCAAAUCCACAUGGUUAUUAUAGCUGUGUGGAGAUCAGCUAUUCCUCUAACCGUUGCUGGAACGACAUUGGCUGUUUUUACUCAAAGCCCUAUAUUUGUGUUAAGGAACUGCGAGACCGUCAUGCUGAUCCACAGUUACUUUGAUUUAACCACAUUUACUACAUUUUUCUGACAUUAUAUUGUCAAAAAUGUUAUUCUGAAAUCAAAUCUCUUCUAAACUUUAAUCUCUUUUCAGUAUCUUCUCUGAAACACUCCUCAAAUUAAUAAAAGCAUUGAAAAAGCAAA